AUGGUCCGUAGUCGAAAGUCGCUCCUUCCUUCUUUCCUUACCCUUGUAGCUUUGCUCUCUUCCGAAGCAAGAUACCCAACCAAACUAAAACUCUUAAAACAAUCCCCCGAUUCCUCCUGCCUGCUGGAUUUGGUAUCGGUAUCGGUACGCGUUUUGCCGAUUAGUUCCUCCGAUAAGGAAGUUAAGGGACCGAUUUUAACUUGGGGAAGAAGCAGAUGUCUAAAUUUGAGGGGGUUCUUGUGUCUGAUCAUUGGCUUCAAAGCCAGUUCACACAAGUUCAACUUCGUACCCUCAAAUCCAAGUUUGUAUCAUUUAAGAAUCAAAAUGUUGAACUUACGGCUGCGGACUUGCCUCUAUUGCUUGCAAAAUUGA